CCGGCGGGGAGCCCGCCGCGGGGCCGCUGCCCCCGGGGGGUGCCCUGAGGCGGCGGGGCUGGCGCAGCCGCACGGCGGGGCCGGCCGGCAGCCUGAGGGGGCGAAACGUGCCGCAGGAAGCGCUGCCUCCCCCGGGGACAGGGCUGGGGACUCCGCUGGGGGUGCGGGAGCGCUCGGGCUGGUUUGGUUCUAGUGCGGUUGUUAAAGGGUCCCCAGCCGGGAAAGGCUUUCCCCGUCCCUCAGCUCUUCCCCCGCUCCCCGCCUCAGCGCCGGGUGACUAAAAUGAGGAGUGUGGACUACCCAGCUGAUUUUUUGGAGUUGAGGUAAUGGCUGAAGUUGGUCGGUGGGAGACAGCUGGAGGCCCAGAGCACGGCCUGGGGGUUGCAUGGUGCCUGUGAUCUGACCCGCAGCCUCUGCCUUCGCUGGGACCGCCGGGAUGGGGAAUAGCGGCUCAGCCGUGAAGGUCUGCACCGAUCACCAAGGAGGCAUCAACUGGCUGAGCCUGAGCCCCGACGGGCAGCGCCUGCUCACGGGUAGCGAGGACGGCACUGCGCGGCUCUGGAGCACCGCCGACAGCCAGUGCCAUGGCCACUUCCAAGGACAUGAAAGUUACAUCACCUUUUGCCACUUAGAAAAUGAGGCUGCCUUCACGUGUAGCGCAGAUCAUACCAUUCGAAAGUGGGAUGUGAUGACAGGUCAGUGCCUGGCCAUUUACCGAGGACACACAUCAAUAGUUAACAGGAUCCUGGUUGCCAAAGACUAUCUCUUUAGUGGCUCCUAUGACAGGACGGCCCGCUGUUGGAGUGUGGACAAAGAGAAACAAAUCCAGGAAUUCCGGGGCCAUCGGAACUGUGUCUUGACUCUAGCUCACUAUUCCUCCAGGGAUGUUCUUGAAGAAGAGGAGGAGGAAGAGGAGGAGGAAGAGAAAGUGAGCAGAGACCUCCUGGUGACAGGUAGCACAGACUGCACUGUUAAGGUCUGGUGGGUGUCCAGUGGACGCUGUUACCAGACUCUGCUGGGACACACUGGGGCUGUCUUAUGCCUUAUACUUGAUGCACCAAACAGGGAACUGUUUUCUGGCAGCACGGAUUAUACUAUUCGAACAUGGAAUAUUGUCACUGGUGAGCAGCUGAAAGUGUUCAAAGAGCAUCAAGGAUCAGUAAUUUGCCUAGAGCUAGUGAAUCGGCACUUGUAUUCAGGAAGCGCGGACAGGACAGUGAAGUGCUGGUUAGUAGACACUGGGGAGCGAAUCCAAACGUACAAGGCUCACAAACACAGCGUUAGCACUUUGAAAUACCACGCUGGGAUCUUGUUCACAGGAAGCGGUGAUGCCUGUGCAAGAGCUUUCAAUUCCAAGAGUGGUGUCCUGCAGAAGAUCUUCCGAGGACACAAGUUCAUCAUCAACUGCAUCCAGUUUGAUUGUGCCGAUUCCGAGCUGCAUGGGGUGGUAUUCAGUGUGACCCUGUUGUUCCAGAUCCACAAUGAGUUGCUCUACACAGCUUCCCAUGACGGCACACUACGGAUUUGGGACAUCCGGGGAAUAUGCAAGAGAAAUAAGCGGCGUUUGAAGAAGGAGAGGUCUGCCCAGGGCAGGAGCUCUCAGAAGGGAAGUCUGUCCCGUCUCUUCAACAAUAAAGUCGGCUGUAUGGUUCAGCAAGAAAAUGGGGAACACGAGGCUGUUGAACUAAUGUGACUGUCCAGAACAGACUUUCCAUCAGUCACCAAAGCUGAACCUUUUUCUGCACCGUGUCCAUGUAAACCAGAACUUGGAAAGGAAUGGGAAACAGCUUUGCUUGAACCUCUUUUUCAGGAGCCAGGAUUCCUCUGUGACUGUCAGAUGGACUCAAGUCAGAUGUCACUGCAGAUGACUCUCAGCUGAGCAGCACUGGGGGCAGGAGGGACUGCUGUGUGGUUCAGGUGAUGUGCCUGGAGGGGUGUUUGUGUAUAAUUAAGUACUUCACUUAUGACUGCUUGUUAUCAGUUCCCUCGGGCACAGAGAUGUUACACAUUUUUGCCUGUCUAGUAUCUAAUGAGAAAUGUUUUCUCCUGUUCCUGUUGCCCGCUCACAUGCCCUCUGUUUGGCUGAAUGUAGGAAUGAAAGGUGCCCUGCAGUAUAACUGCAAAUUGAAAUUAUAUUUUUUUUUAACAAAACAUAAGCUUAAGAACAAGCUAAACCUCAGCCCUUUUGUACCAAGGUCAGCUGUUUACCAAGGCCCAGCAGUUACCCUCCUCCCAACAAAGGUUGGUCUUUUUUUUACCUUUUACGAUCUCACACUUCAGCAAAGGAAGCAGCAAGGGCCUCACACGUUCCAGCUGUGUGCUUCCAGCAGCCCGCUUCCCCCUAGGCAUGACGCCCCUGGGGGCACAGCUCCUGCUGGGCUCCUCUCGGCACUGCAGGACACAGAAGCUGUUCACUAGGCGCCAGGCCUGUGGUGGCGAUGGCACCACCUCUCGGGCAGCCUGGCCCACUGACUGUCCUCACGGGGGAAAGGUUUUCCUUGUAUCCACCAGAAACAUUGAAUUGUGCUUUUCAGAGGAGAGAAGAGGAAGGGUGCACGGGACGCUGUAGGUCUGUCAUCUUUCCUCUGUACGAGGCUAUGCCUGGCCUCGGUUUGCCAGGCCCUUAGUAACACCAGCAAAGCAGUCACACUCAAGAGCAGUUCUCCCAGUCGUUUUCCAGGUUUAUCCCUCUCUGAUAACCACUGAGCCAAGAAUAAACAAGGGUUCUUAUAUUUUUCUAUUUGCAGAUAUAACUCUUUGUAGAACCAGUACAAAAGUAUCUAACCACAUGUUUUUAUUUUUAUGGCUUUAUUUAUUCUGUGCUACAGCAAGGUAAACAUGCUGUAAUCCUUUUUUAGAAUGGACUAAUAAACAUGUGGUAUCUACAGAU